UACACACCACUCCACUCGUUACUUUGCUCAGUAUGCUCUCUAUUUACUAUCAAUGGUUGGUUUUCAUAUCCUUAGUAUUAUAAAUUAUCAGCAUAACAUGCGCUUGUUCUCUGUACUGUGCAUUGUUUGUCUUAUCAUCAUGACCCAUUUUGUUACACCUGAAGCCAGGCCGAUUCCUCGAUCUACACGGGCCACUGGGCAAGAGCAACCGCAGCUCCCACUCGAUGUGGGAACAGAGGACGAGCCGAAGCUUGACUUCGAAAACACUAUGGAUGCAAGAGGCAGGAGAAUGCACCGUUUUCGGCCUCAGGUACCACCGCAUACGCCACGCCGCAAACUCUCUGAGGAGGACGGCGGUGUCAGCAGUGAAGAACCAAAGCUAAGAAACGAAGACCUCCGUGGAGCAAUUCAGAUCAACUGCCACCAACCGAACAUGAUAAGGUUCAAACUCAUUGAAGAGCUGUAUUGCGAGGCUCUCAGUCUCGCAGAGAAGAACCCUGGCGGUACAGUCCAUUACAGAAUUCAUAGGAUGCCGACGUAGAGCCAUGAAAGUACAUAGUAUGUGAACACAUAGAUUUGAUUUAUUAUUUAUGUAAUUUUCACGAAUUAAAUAUAAUCAUAAGUCAAAAUUA